AUGGGGAACACCGGCCCUGGCUGGCAGCGAGCUCCUGGGCACGAGCCAAACCAGUGGGUUCCCCCCAAACCGGAGCCCUUCUGUGCACCCAUGGGCCCGGAGCAGGCCCUGUGCACCCUCGGUGAGGAGCAGGGCACUGUUGUCUACCACUCCAGCCCAGCGCUCCAAGGUUCCUGCUUUACCCAUGCUCGGGUUGGAGGAGCCCCAGGGCCACUCUCCUCGCCAGCAGCCCCCUUGGAGGGUCCCCAGGACACCACGCUGCUCUUCGAGUCCCGCUUUGAGAGUGGGAACCUCCAGAAGGCCAUCAAGGUGGGACCCUACGAGUACGUGCUGAUGCUGCGGCCAGACCUGUACACAGCCAAACACACACAGUGGUUCUACUUCCGUGUCCAAAACACGCGGCAGGAGCCGCUCUACCGCUUCACCAUCGCCAACAUGGCCAAGCCCAAGAGCCUCUAUGGCCAGGGCCUGCAGCCGCUGUUCUACUCGCAGCAGGAUGCCCAGAGCCGUGGCAUAGGCUGGCGCCGGGUCGGGACCGAUGUCUGCUACUACCGUGGCAGCGCGGGGGAGCCGCCGCUGUUCCGGCUCAGCUGGACCGUGCGCUUCCCCCACGAUGGUGACACCUGCUUCUUCGCCGCCGGCUACCCCUACACCUAUUCGGAUCUGGGGCGCUACCUGCGCGUGCUGGCGGCCGACCCGGUGCGCUCACGGUACUGCACGGUGCGGGUGCUGUGCCGCAGCCUGGCCGGCAACACCGUGCCCCUGCUGACCAUCACCGGCCCGGGCGGCACGGCCGGCAAGCGCACGGUGGUGCUGAGUGCCCGUGUGCAUCCCGGCGAGAGCGGCGGCUCCUGGGCCAUGCGGGGAUUCCUGGAUUUCCUGCUGAGCCCCCACGAGGACGCGCAGCUCCUGCGUCGCCUCUUCGUCUUCAAGGUGGUGCCAAUGCUCAACCCCGAUGGGGUGGUGGUGGGCAACUCCCGCUGCUCCCUGGCAGGACGGGAUCCCAACAGGGCCUAUGGGAAGGCGCUUCCCGGCUCCUUCCCUGGUGUGUGGCACCUGCGGGCCAUGGUCCAAAGGGAGCUGGCGGAGCGGGAGGUGGUGCUGUACUGCGACUUCCAUGGACACAGCAGGAAGAACAAUGUCUUCAUGUACGGCUGCGAUGGCAGCGGGGACGGCACAGGGACACGGCUGCGCCAGCGUGUAUUCCCUCUGAUGCUGAGCAAAAACGCCCCCAACAAGUUCUCCUUCUCCAGCUGCAAGUUCCAGGUGCAGAAGAGCAAAGAGGGGACAGGCCGGGUCUCCAUGUGGCGCCUGGGUGUCUCCCACAGCUACACCCUGGAGGUGGCCUUCAGUGGCUCCACACUGGGUGGGAGGAGCUCCCACUUUAGCGUGGAGGACCUCGAGUCACUGGGCCGCCUCCUCUGUGACACCCUGCUCGACUUCUGCGACCCUGCACCCGCCAAGCUCCAGCAGUGCCUGGUGGAGGCUGAUGUGCUGCUGCAGCGGCGGAUGGGUCGUGAGCCAGGCUCUGGAGGCAGCUGGAGUGAUAUGUCCCCCUCAGAACUUGAGUCCAGCAUCAGUGGGUCUGACAGCUCUGUGUCCGACGGGAUCCCAGAUGACUUCCACAGCCCCAACCAACAGAUGGAGCCACGCAGGAAGAAGCAGCUGCAGAGACGAAGAGCAAGGAAUGUCCUGCGCCGAACAAAGCGGAGCCACACCAGCAUCCGGGCUGGGACCCGCAGGCAUCCAGUUCUUCCUGAUGUCCAGAGUGGAGGUGACAAUGUGGGAGAGAAGCCCAGAGCCAGCUCCAGCGUCACCUUUUCCAGCGCAGCUGGAACAGGGAAUGGCUCCUGUGCCAUUGCAAGAGAGGUGCCUGGUGCUGACUCUGGAGUGGCCAUUGCCAGGGCACCUGACGCAGGGAAGGGCCACUGUGCCACCAUGAGAAGGCAUCAGCUGGACAGUGGCACAAACGCUGUGACACACCACAAGCCACCACUGAGCCCCUGCCACCAUGCUGCCACCAGUGACUCUUCCCAGGAUCCAGGCAUGGGAGCAAUCUUGGGGCCAUCCUGGCAGCGGGACAGGGACAGGGCCCGUCCCCUCACUGUCCGUGCGGUGACCUCACGCUGCUGCGCCUGCGCUCGGCAGUAA